GUGGUUGGUUCCGGGUCCAACGCUCCCACCUUCGAGGCUAUAACACGGCGACGACCACCACGACGACGACGACGACCUCAAAGCCCUAGCUUUGUCACCUCUAAAACGUUGCCACAGCUCUCUCAUAUCAUCUGUAGAUUGCCUCUCAAAUCGAUCCGCAUCGUCUUCUCGAUCGCGAGCGUGUGGUUUUCGGUGGAUUUUGGUCGAUUUUACGGUAGAUUUGGGCCUAGAAAUGGCGACCUUACCGUGUUUCAAGCUUUUAGCUGGUUCGGUGAUACUCUGCGUCUCCUCUAGAGUUUCUUCCCUCUUGUGAUGAACAGGACUUGGGUGUCGUUUUUGGCGAUCUGUUGGAGGAUCGAGAAAUAGAAGGUUCUAUCUAAUAUCUAGGAACUGAAGUAAGGUUUUAUUGCAAAUUUCGGGCUCUCAAUGUUGUCGUCUCCUCUGUAACCCUCGAUCCGCGCUGAAGAAACGGGAUAUAACAAAGGUCCUACUGCGAUAGCAAAGUUUUCUUUUGCCGCUUGGAAGGCUUCGAGAUUCCGAAAUGGAAACCCUUGUGGCUGUAGCUCAGCAUCGUCAUCAGUAUUUCACCAGAAGCAAAUCUCACGUCUCCGAUCGAUGUGUUUCAUCUCCUUCUGGAAGCUUCAGAGGGAUCAAUUGCCGGACUUUCCAAUCCGGCGCCGGUAUUCUCCCCUCUCCUCCCCGUUCAUUCGCCAGCAUCCCAUCCCCCAAAUCUCCAUGCUUUUACUCAGAGCCACCCAAACGAAGCAGGCGGAGCAAACCUGUUGCUGUAAAUAGCCCCAUGCUGUCUCCUAACAAAGCUGAUGUGAAUGAUGAUAUCUCUUGCCCUGAGCUGUGGGCAGGGCCUGCCUAUUCAAACUCGCCUCCGCCGAGCUCUUUACCGAUGCCUAAGUUCUCUCUACGCCAGAAACGUAGUAUUUCUCUUGAGUUGCCACUUCCUAAGCCAGAAGUUUCAGCCAGCCCGAUCCCAAAUUCGGCCCCAUCUUCUCCUACUAGGGAUUUCGCUGAUGAUUUUGUUCUGAACGCCGCCACUGCUACUGAGAACUUGAGGAGGAUUCUCCAUUUGGAUGUUGCUGAUGACUGAGGGUGAAAUGGGGGCCAGGGGUUCCUGUAUAUAUUCAUCUCAUGUAGUGUUGUAGUGUAGACUUAGUGUUUGUUAAAUUGUAUAGUGGGUACUCUUUUAACUUAGAGGGUUGUCGGCUUGUCGCUGCUGAUGCAUAACAGUAAGUUAGCGGGGCAGUAUGUUGUAGCAAUCAAGUACUCAAUGGUGCGUAACGUUCACACCACAUGGCGUAGGUUGGCAGGAAAAUAAUGGAGGAAGAGUAACAAGUAUGGAGAUAGUAAGGGUGGAGCUCUUAAGGUGCAUCUUAAUGGGAGACGAGGAGGUUAUGAAGUUUAUAGGGAGGUUGUAAGCAUUAGGUAAACUAAUUCGCAGCUCUCUUUAGUUCUGCCUGCUAAUUUAGGGCAUUUGGGCAUCAUUGUCUUCUCUUGUUGAUGCAUAUAUCUACACAUCUCUAUUCUAGGUAUGGUAUUUAGUUAGGAGGUUUCUCAUUUUGGUUUGAUGCAUGGUUCCUCUUAUAGGUAUUAACCAUCUCCUUAGUGUUUUAGGUCAUGCCUCGAAAGCAUCAGGUGUCUGUAAAUUAGCUGCAUCUCUUUCUAGUAGAACUUGCAUCCUUGCAUACCCAUGUCUGCUUGCUACUUCCAAAUAUUUAAAUACACCUUCUAGUUCCUUUCGUUUUUCCUUUUUUCUUCUAAUAUCUAACCUCCUCUGGUGCUCUACAAGGGCACCGAGUUCCCUUAGCCACUUCUUCUGACUUUUUGAAUGGAAGAAACUGGGAGGGUAACUGAUGACUCACUCUGUAUUCUGUCAAUUUGUUGCCUACUUCAUGCUUAUGCGUUUAGCUGUUUCCAGUCCUCGUUGUGUGAUCGAUUAAGUUUGUCAAUGUUUGUUAAGAAUCUGCAUUAGGUAGUGUCACAUACGAGUUUAUCAGUCGAUUUCAGAUAGGCUGGUGCUUUUGCGAUGCCUUCUGACGGUACAAUCAGUGGAAGAGGAUGGACAAGUGCAUCAAAAGAAGGGCUUCUGAAGAUGGCUGUUGAAGAAAGGGAACUUUUAGUACCAGCCGCUUCCAGCUUUAAAUGUGUAGCGUCUCCAAUACGGGGGUGUCUUGAUUUUUCCAAUCCGAUCUCUUGGAGCCCCUUGUUUUCUACAGCUAGUAGUUUUAUGUCGAAGCAUUAGACUCAACUGUGGUUAGUUUUUGUCCUAUGUUAUUAGACUUUCCUAGCUAUUGUAUGGUUUUAGACUUCAUCAAAUCCACAGCUUAUUUGGCUGUGGAAAUUACUAUGUAUCCUUUGUAGUAUGAGAACAGUGUUUUAUGGAAUUUUCUUUUGCGGACUUCAUUAUGAGCAA